AUGUCAAACGCAACAACCAAAGUACUACGACGUCGAGGAUGGGGCCCAGGAUAUGGAUUGGAGCAAGUCCAGGCAGUUCAAGCAAAAGGAGGAGAAGAAAUGAUCCCUAUUCCGCAGCCACCCACCGAUCCCGACGUUGUCAUGCAAACUUGCAACUCAUUUACCUUUGAGUCCUUCACCGUUGAUGAUGCAUGGGAGCUUGGCCACCUCCUCUACGCCCGCUUGAUCCCAAACGCAAAGAAACAGCCUUCUUUGAUCUCAAUCACACUCGCCAGUAGUGGCCAGACCUUGUUCCAGGCCUGCGUUGGAUCGACAGUCAUUGAUAACGAGAACUGGAUCAGGCGGAAGCGCAACGUCGUCCAACGCUGGAACCGGAGCAGCUGGUGGGCCAAUUGUUUCUGGAAAGGAGACGAGGAAAAGUUCCGUAAGCUCUUCAGCCUGAGCCCUGAGCAAUCCUCUCAGUACGCUAUCCAUGGAGGCGCGGUGCCCAUCAAGGUGGCGGGCGUCGAGGGCAUUGUAGCUAUUGUCGGUGUAUCUGGAAUGAGCCAGGAGGAUGAUCAUGGGGUUAUUGUGGACGUUAUAAAUACGCAUUGGGAGUAA